ACUACACAUGACACAACCUGCUUGCAAUAACCGAAGUCAUCAAGAAAAUCAUUCCCUCUAUGCGUGACACAAUCCCGCCGUCGGACUAAAAACUGAAGUGUAAACGUUUACCCACAAAUUUUGCCGAGCAGCCUGCUACUUUCUAUGGGCGGACAGCGCACUCAACCACACAGUUCGUGGUCUCUUAGCCUACUUGAAGACAAACUUUCUUGACGACAAGGAAUUACAGGUCUUGCAAAAAUGAGAGUUUGUUGCUUUCCGAAUUGCGGUAACGUAAUGAGGCGAUAUCUUUGUUUGAGUUUCCAUCGCCUCCCGUAUCGCAACCGGUUGACGUUACCGCUGUGGUUGGCUGUCCUACAACUAGAUCCCCGAACUACUCUCAAAACGCUUCGAGAAAAAGACCAUCGUGUGUGCAGCGAACAUUUCGAUGAUGACGAUUUCACAGAAAAGGGCAUCAAAUGCCGACAUCUGAAGGCGAGCGCUGUCCCGAAGGCGAAGCCUCCAGCUGCAGACAAAGUGGAGGAGACCCCAGCCAGUGACGUUGCCAGAUCCACCAGUGAACCAAGACUAGUCCUGUCCAGUCCUCACUCUACAUCCUCCACCCAGCAGACACACACCAGGCAACCAGCUACUGGAGCACGACCUCUUCUCUGGAAACAAGCAGGGAGUGUUUCUGGGUCUGGUCCACCUUCAGAUGUCUCCACCACAGAGACUAAAGAGUUUUCACAAGUGUUGGGUGAUGGCCCGUCCUCUCCUGUUGCCAUGCCAACCCCUGCUGAGAGUCCCCCGAGUCUGCUGCUAACAGUGGAGGAGAUCACUGACUGUGCGGCCAUCGGAGGUGUGUGGAACACCAAGCAUCGGGAACACGCACACGCAGGUGAGUUUGCCCCGCAAUACACAUCAUUAUUAUCAUCGUAA